AUGCCGCGAUAUACCUCUGCCCUUCGACCUGCUUUCAACUCGCGAACUUUCUCUGCGAUAGGCCCGUUGCGGUCUGAUCGUCCCCCUAUCUCGCAACACCCUGAGGUCAAUGAGUCGCCUGCGGAGGAAAGGUCUGCUGAGAUGGAGAAAAAUACGACAGCAUCAUCUCACGUGCCCUGGUAUCUUCAGGAAGAACCACUCGCUACCGAAACUCGCUCGGUCUCUGGAGAUCACAUCCCGGAGAUACCGGAAAACUCACCGGAAAUGCUCACCACCCUCCUCGACUAUACAUACAAGGAUCUUGGCCUGGAUAGUCUGAAGCUUUACGACUUACGUGGUCUCGACAUUCCUGCCGCUCUGGGAGCCAAUGUCAUCAUGAUCAUUGGCACAGCGCGCAGUGUGAAACAUUUGAAUGUUUCCGCUGAUCGCCUUUGCCGGUGGUUACGAAGCAAAUACAAGCUCACUCCCUACGCGGACGGUUUAUUGGGACGCAACGAGCUGAAGAUCAAGCUUCGUCGCAAAGCCAAGCGCGCGCGUGCUGCCAGCGCUGCCGGCGCGUUCAUCGACGAGAAAGACGAUGGGAUUACCACCGGCUGGAUUUGCGUGAAUACGGGUGUGGUAGACAAGGAUACUCCGAAGGCCGAGCUCAGCGAACUGGGUUUCGAAGGAUUUGGUCAAGUCGACGCCGGCACCAGCGUCGUGGUCCAGAUCUUCACGGAAGAGAAGCGGGCCGAUGUCGAUCUCGAGGGUCUCUGGCAGAAGACUAUGGAGCGGGCCGAAAAGAAAAGACUUCAAGAUGAACAGAAUAAUUCCGUUGCUGCUUCUCGAUCUCCGGCAACCAGCGAUUCUCCUUUUGGUCCGGGAGGUCAGAAGCGGCGCCUUCAUUCUGCUCGACAUGAUGCGAAGCACAGCACCAAUUCCAGCGGACUGAGCUUAUCAGAUGCCUUGGCUGCUACAUCCGCUACUCAGAAGGCACGUGGCAAGGGUCUGAGUACAGAAACUCUAGUUAAAUUGCUGGUCGGGCUCUCUCAUGAGAGCGCACGGAGUGAACUGGGAACUGGCCCCGAGGAUCAAAACUCCACACUUUUUCUGCAGCUCCUGUAUGCCAGUCUGCCACCGAGCAUGGCUGAACCGGCGAUUUCCCAUCUGCGUUUGAAUCUGUUUUCAAUCGCGGUUUCUCGGCAACAUCCCGCGUAUAGCAAGGAAGCACUUUUCAGCUCGUUCUCCGACCUUUUGAACGAUGGCCAUGACCUUCCAGACGAACUCGCCUUUGAGAUUCUUGCCGCUCUUCUGACUCCAAGAGUAGAGAACGUUCAGCGACCUGCGCCGUACCUCCCAGAAUCGGACAUGGAGCUGGCUUUGCAGGUUCUGGAUCGUCUGAGUCUUCGCGGCGUCCCGAUUCUCAAUUACAAAUUGUUCAACAUGCUUUACCAAGUCGUUGACAUCCCUACUCUGCCGUCUUCAGAACCAUCCCCCGAUGAGUCCGUUCCACGAUCGGCGAAUGUUAAACGGUGGUCUCAAUCUCAGCGACAGAAGCUGGACCGGCUAUCGAAGAUUGUUGCGGCCGCGGACGUUCCCUUUGAUGCACCUGAAGCUCGUAAGCUCAUGGUGACCCAGUUUCGAUGCGAGGAUUACGACGGAUUCUGGCGCCUGUGGCGACAAUUACCUCUGAAAGGGGCUCAACGGACACGAGAGGACUAUGUCCAGCUAUUCCAGCUGCACGCGGAUUUGGGCGAGGAGCGACAGGCGCGAGACUGCCUCUCGGCGUGGGUGCCCAUGAUGGCCCGGGAACAAAGCCCGAUUGUACUUCAAGGGCCCCUUGUGAACUCGUUGAUGCACUGCCUCCUGGUGGCAGACCCUGACAUUCACAACCGCGCAGAGGACGCCUCUCCAAGCUAUUUUGCGGAGGUUUGGACUCGAUGCCAGAGCGCGCUGGCGCAGGAGGCGGCACAUGAUGACGCCUGGUAA